AUGGCGGGUGCGGUCAAAGGAGUUCCUCGAUACCCUCCGUGGUUACAGAAGGCGUUGAAGAUCAAGGACGAGACGGAGCAGUUCUGGAUCAAGCAGCAGCAAGUGGUCGAAGCGAAGAAGCAGAAGCAGCAGCGACCAAAGUCGAGAGCUCCAGAUCUUGCGUCGACGGCUCAAGCAGCCGCUAAACAAGCAGAGGAGAGUCAGACGAAGAUCGAGCCGUUCGUGAACGUUUGGGUCAGUAUCGUAGCCGAUGACGCUCAAGCUGUCAAGACAUUUCUUGAGGAGGACAGACGUCGGUUCUUCUUGAGGAAGGACUAUGUCCGUAAUGCCAGUAAGAGCGUCGAAGGUGGUGGAGGUGGCGAGUCGCUCCUACAUGAAGCCAGUUACUUGGGGUCUGUGAAGAUCGUUCGCUUAUUAGUGACCUUCAUGCAGACCCACUUCAGUCCGGAGGUUUGCGUGGCCGCUGUGAAUGCUGUCGACACGCAGUACAACCUAACGACGCCCAUGAUCGCAGCGUGCAGGAACUCACUUGGUGCAGUUACCAACCGCGUCGAGAUAUUAAAGCUGCUAGUGGAGGCUGGAGGAGACACUGCACAGCGUGACGCGCAUGGUGACAAUGCUCUGCACUGGUGUGCCCGCACCUCACAAGUCUUGCUGCUACGCUACCUCUUGAAGCACACGGACGCUGUGGUGGUCGCUCUAUCCACAGAAAACUACAAGCGGCAGACACCUCUCAGCAUCGCCAAGCUGCAGCUCGAUCGGAAUCGCUGUCUAUCGACUCUUACCGUGUACGAGCUACUGGUUGGCGUCAAUUCUAGUUGCAACCUCCGCUUCAAGAUGCUAACAAUCCGGCGCAACGAAGAACUCGCUCGUGCUCGCGACGCCGCACACGCUCAAGAGCAGCUCGCCUCCGUGAUGGAAUUGUCGGAGCAGUUGAUCCCUCAAGCUGAGAAACUGUGGCGUGAGGCCAUCGAACUCGCGGAAAGAAGCCGUAAAACACAGGAACAGCAGCACGUGGACGCACAAGUGAAAGCCGCUGGAGCUGCAGCUCGCGAGUGGCUGGAGACCAAGGACGGCAAGUUGUUCGUCAAGAAGCAGAUCCCGCUUGCGACGGCCGACAUCAAGCAGGCGGUGCACACUGGCAAAAUGCCCAAGCCCAAGGACUUGAAGGCUGCAGCCAAGCAACGCGUACAAGAUCUCUACUGUGUGGAGAAAGAGCUUAGUGCCAGAAAAGCGGCCACUGAGGCUUUCGUCGCGCAUCAUCCGCCAUAUCCUCGAGAUCGAGUCGCAGAACUGCGUCGUAUGCUGCAUCUUUAA